AUGGCUGCAAAAGUGGUUCCAAUGCCCCUAAAGCCAAAGCGGUCCUUUAUACUGAGAGUUCCUCCGGACUCCAAGCUGGGCCAAGACCUACUUCGAGAUGCUACUAGUGGGCCCAAGACCAUCCACCAGCUAGUUCUGGAGCACUUCCUCACCUUCUUGCCCAAGCCAAGCGUGGUGCAGCCCAAUCAGAAAGUCAAGGAGACUUUGGUUAUUAUGAAGGAUGUGAGCUCAAACUUUCAGAACAGAUUGCAACCUCAUCCCAUAGUGAAGCUUCUACCCAGAGAAGGAAUCCAGCAGAAACAGGACACAUUGUCUCUGUAUCUGAAAACUGAGCCUGAGGAACUGGUGGUCUUUGAGGAUUUGAAUGUAUUUCACUCCCAAGAAGAAUGUGUGAGCCUAGAUGCUACUCAACAACCCACCUCAGAGAAGGAAGACAGUGUUGGGGAGAUGAUGUUAUUGGACAAUGACAUUAAUCCUGAGAGUGACGAUCUUCAGAAGGAACCUGGAGAGAGUGAAGAUCAUAGAGAAAAGACUUCAGAUUGUGAUGAAGUGGACUGUUCUGUGGUCUCUGAGCAAUCUCCGUAUUGCCAUAAAGACAGACUAAGUACAUCUACUCCAAAACAAAGGAAAGUGAGAAAUCUUCUAGUUACUAUUGAAAAUGAUACUCCACUAGAGGAACUCUCAAAGUAUGUGGAUAUCAACGUGAUUGCACUUACCCGAAAUCGGAGAACGAGAAGAUGGUACACUUGUCCAUUGUGUGGGAAACAGUUUAAUGAAAGUUCUUACCUUAUAUCCCACCAGAGGACUCACACUGGUGAAAAACCCUAUGACUGUAGUCACUGUGGGAAAAGCUUCAAUCAUAAAACAAACCUUAAUAAACAUGAGCGAAUCCAUACAGGAGAGAAACCUUAUUCAUGUUCUCAGUGUGGGAAAAACUUUCGUCAGAACUCUCAUCGGAGUCGCCAUGAAGGAAUCCAUAUAAGGGAGAAAAUAUUUAAGUGUCCAGAAUGUGGGAAAACCUUCCCAGAGAAUAAAGACUUUGUGCUUCAUCUGCAGAGUCAUGAGGCUGAGAGGCCGUAUAGUUGCAAAAAAUGUGGGAGAAGAUUUGGUCGGCUUUCCAACUGUACCCGGCAUGAAAAAACCCACUCAGCAUGUAAGACACGAAAGCAGAAAUGGGAUCAGGAAAGGUCUGAUGGUCCUGCCUUGACCUGA